CCCAAAUACAAGUCUAUGACGUCAGCACCAGUCAUCCAGCGCAGGGCAGUGCCGGAGGAGACGAAGGAAGCUGGUGAACAUGGUCGUCGCCAAAGAAUACCGUGUGGUUUUGCCCUGCAGCGUAGAAGAGUAUCAGGUGGGCCAGUUGUUCUCUGUGGCUGAAGCCAGUAAGAACGAGACGGGAGGUGGCGAGGGAAUCGAGGUCCUCAAGAAUGAGCCUUAUGAGAAAGAUGGAGAGAAGGGACAGUAUACACACAAAGUCUACCACCUUAAAAGUAAAGUCCCAGCAUUUGUCAAGCUGAUAGCCCCUGAAGGCUCCCUGGUGUUUCAUGAAAAAGCCUGGAACGCCUACCCUUACUGCAAAACCGUUGUGACGAAUGAUUAUAUGAAAGAUUCUUUCUUCAUUAAGAUUGAGACAUGGCACAAACCGGAUCUCGGAACGCAAGAAAACGUGCAUCAGUUAGACAGCAAUGAGUGGCGGGAUGUGGAGGUCGUGCACAUCGAUAUAGCGGACAGAAGUCAAGUGAGCUCUGCGGACUACAAGUCAGAUGAAGACCCCGCCAUUUUCAAGUCAUCCAAAACUGGUAGAGGCCCGCUUGGACCAAGCUGGAAGAGAGAGCUUGCAAGUAAGACAGACUGCCCAAAAAUGUGUGCCUACAAACUGGUCACGGUCAAGUUCAAGUGGUGGGGCCUGCAGAGUAAAGUGGAGAGCUUCAUCCAUGAGCAAGAGAAGAGGAUCUUCACCAACUUCCACCGUCAGCUUUUCUGUUGGAUCGACAAGUGGGUGGAGCUGAACAUGGAUGACAUUCGGCGGAUGGAGGCUGAGACCCAGAAAGAGCUGAACGAGCUCCGCAAACAAGGCGACGUCCGAGGAACCUCUGCUGCUGACAAAUAGAACCAGUUUGGAUUUGAACGGAGCAAAAAAAGGCGGCGGCGAAGGAGAGCGCUAAAACUCCUUUGGUGCUACUUUUUACCCGCCGGCUGCGGAGGACUGAGGUCUGCCAGCUGCAAUCCAUAGAGCAGACCUCUGCCUUCCUCCCAAUCCUAGACGUUUUGCCCACCGAGGAAUUGAUUUCUAGAAACCAACACGAUCCUAGAUCUUUUUGAUUUCCUGUGCUGAGAACCGGCCUGCUCUCAGCACCGUGCUAUUGACCAGGCUCUGUCUGCCUCUGCGAGGAGCAGAUGUGUUUUGCAGAGGAAUAUUCACGUCAUGUAUUGGACCAAACCCUUAAAACGGUUGUGUAUAAUUUUCCUAAAAAUAUAAUUCACAGGAUGCUGCUGCCCUUUUUGGACCUCGCUCUUGUCCGCUUCACUGUUUUCGCUGCCGUGGCACGAUGCAUUCCCCCGGCAUGUGUGAGUUCGCCACACUCGUGUUCCUUCCUGCCACUAAACUCCAUUAAGAGAUUACUAAAAGUGUCGACGCCUCAGCCCCGCAGAAUCCUUUGCUCAUCAGCCCACCUCAGCAGAAGCACUGCAUCCCAUUAACACCGACAAUCAUGCUGGUACAGGUCUCCACUCUCACUUGUGUGCGGAUUUAGCAGAAAUCCACACCAUCACACGCACAUAUGACACAUGUAACAGGAAGCGCACACGCACACUGCAGCCUGGACUCAUCCUCGCAGGUGUGAAUGCCUUUGUGGUGAGUGAUAUCCUGAAAGUUCAGGCCGGGCAGAUCCAUGCAGGCAUGAUCAGCCGGGUGAUGUGACUCUGGAAGUGUUUACAGUUUUGUCCACACAUUCGCACACGACUUACACCGCAGCAUUUCCCUCCACGGCAGGCGUCCCCGGAGCAAAUCCGCACUGAUAAACAGCCACAGAUGGUGCUACACCCCUGCAGCCUCUGUCGCAAACCAGACUCACCUCCUCCACCCCAGAGGCUCGUCUCACUCGUCUGCCGGAGCAGAUAGAGGCUUUUCCAAAUGCCUUCUUGUCUCUUCUUCCAAUGCAUGAUUCAUUACUCUCACCAGUAUUCAGUUGCCACCAGCAGCACACCGCUCACUUUUGGACUUCUGGGCCUUGUAUAGCGGCUUCACCUCUGCCACACCAGCUUUGAGCUCCAGCUACCUCUCAUGCGUCUGACGUGGCUUCCCUCCCCGCAGUUUAACUUACCGUGUCUGAGCAAGUGCAAUUCCUUCAGCAAGCAAAAACAAGCCUGUGCAUUGUUUUUAUUUCUGAUUCAUACCAGCACUUACCAGCUACCGACAGCCGUCGCUUCACCUCCUGGAACCUCACACCUACUUUUUUUUUUUUUUUUUUUUUUGAAGAGUAAUCUCACUUCAAAUGGUUUUAUUCUGACAGUAAGGCGUUUAUUUCUGGCUGUCCAAAGUGUGUGCCGCAAAAACAUGUUUACAUGCACUAGCAAUAUAUGAAAGUAAUUGUCUGAGGCGACGUCGCACCAAAAAUAGUCUCAGGUGAACUAUGUGACUCGAGGAUCAUUUUGUGUUUGUUGCUCAUUAGUUGCCUCAAACAAUUGAUUUCCUGUCGUGGUAAAAUAUUACAUUUCGGCUCCACUAAGAUCGUCGGCGCGUGCCAUUUUUAUCUCCGCGCUUUCAAAGGCAGUAAGAUGAAACGGAUCCGUAGGUUUCGCGCAGCGGAACGUGUGAAAGGAUUGAUUUUCAUUACUAUCACGGUUUCUGUCUUUUUCCAAUAAUUCUCGCUUGGAUGUCUAGAGAUGACCUAAAUUCACUGUUAACAAUCUGUCACCACGACCAGAGACGCUCACAAAGCAAAUGUACAGUCUUGUUUGUAAUUUAUGAACUUUAUUUUCACUUGCUUGCUUUUUUUUUUUUUAAUUAUUUACGAUCAGCUGAAAUUCAGGGGACCUGAUACUGAAUGUAUAAUGAUAACUUGUGCCUUUUCUGUCUGUAGAACGUUUGUCUGCCAUUAAGUCAGCAUAUUGUAUCUUAAUAUCAAAUAAAUUUGAAAAUACCCAGCUGGAGCGCCUCGACUCUUGUGAGGGAUAUCGCAGCCCUCUCUGCUACCCACACUUGUUUUUCGUGUUUCUGUCUUGACAUUGUGCUCGUGUGGGCCUUCAGCUGGCUCUCCCAGGGCCGCAUGUGGCCCCCGUGCCACACAGAGCCGACGCUAGUUCAUCCUUUCUAAAGGCACUUCACCUCAAUCUUGUCUGUUUUUAGCCUGGAGUCAGUGUAUGGAUUCCAGGAGAGAUCCAUUAUCUUGCACUAGUGAUGGGCUGAUGAAACAUGAUGCAACAGUGUCCUCCUUUUCAGAGCCAUAAAGUCAUUGUGAUGAAAUCUCACAUCAGUUUUCAACCUAUAACAGCUCAUACGCGGAGUUCUGAAGGUGAGGACACCACUCGGUUGAGCUUUUUCAGCCCCUCACUAUGGCUUCUUGUAGAAUAUGAACUCACAGUUUCCAAAAACUGGUGAAAAGCAAUGCUUCUGUGAACAUACCCCACUUCCCUGGUGCUUGAGUGACAUGACACCUUCGACAAAUGGUGUGUUCCAGCUGCGGCUGAGUGGGUGAAAUGGCUCCUGUUGUGGGUGAAGGGGGAGGAGAUUUUGCCACAAAGCAUCAGCAAACUGGAUGCCCAUGCUCUUUUAUUAGGGAAUGUCAUGUCAGAAUCCCUCAUCUUUCAUUGAGUUUUCAGUCUUGCAAAUUGUAUUCUUUGAUAGGAAUGAAGUAGUAGAAACACAGUCAGGCAUCAGUUUUCAUUUUAGUCACUGAUUUAAUGUACUAUUGUCAAAUUUGGGGCAGGUGUUGGUGUACAUAAAUAGCCUACUUCCACUGCUAACUCUGACCCACACAGCAUAGGUGACUGGAACCACAAACAUUCAUCUGCUUUCCAAACUCAUUCUCCCAAGGCGUCAAAUAACAAUCGUCCUUGAGCUGCAUUUCUCUCUCUGUUAUAACGUUGGUCGUGAGGAGAAACAUUUGACUUCAUUGAAACACAGAUGCAACAUGUGGCAACAUUGAACUCACUAGUCACCAGUCGCUGUUUAAGUGUGAGAAUGUGUUGUUUUUUUCCCCCUUAGCCUGCAUCAACUAUUAGUCACUUUCCAGAUUGAUUCUUCAGAUUGAUAAUCUGUCAUCAAGCUCUAUCAACUCUAAUCUUUGUAAACUCUGCCCUCAACAUGCUUUGUUGGCACUUGCACCUCUUUUUUUUAAAUGUAUUUCUACCUGUUGUGGGCCACAUAAAAUGACUAGGCAAGUUUGAGUGGUGAUCUGGAUUUACUCCAGCACUGGUGGAUGGUGUUUUCCUUUCAUAGAUACUGGGCCCUGUGAACAGGGUUGUACUGUAUCAUGAAUGAAACAGAAAGGAGGAAGUUUUUUUGGCCACAGUCUGUUGGGCAGUGGUCAUAAUAUUAUGGCUAAUGAGAUGGCUACUGAAGAACAGUGGAGAUAUUGGCAGGGUCCCUUCAUUCUCUGUUAAAGCUACCGCUGGGAGCUCUAUCAUCCAGGAGAUGCUCGGACUAGAUCUGUUUCUCUGGCACAGUGCCUCUUCAUUGUCCUGGAACUGUCUAAAGGGCAGGACUCAUUUGCCGCUGAAGGUAUAUUCAGCUCUGCCAUCCUGGACCAGGUAAAGCACAUGCCAGUCCUUGCACGGAGUUGUUGCGCCGCGUCUCUCAACACGUCCGUGUGGGCUGAGCAGCUUUGUAGGAUGCAGACUGAACUGUCUGGCAGGUCGAAAGAGUCACUCAAAUGUAGACAAAGAAUGGAGGGAGAGAGAGAGAGACGUCCGUUGGCGCUGAGCGCAAACCAUAUCUGCCCCCUAACAAGUAAAUAGCUCUGUUGCUAAAAGAAGAGACGGGCGGACUCGCCUACACACCACCUGUUAAGUGGCAGUCGCAAGAUUCCGCCGUGUCUGCCACGAUGAAGGCAGAAGUUGUGGGUGAAGCGGUUUAAAUAGAGGCGACAGAUGAAGGCGUCCACUUGGAGGAGCCGCCUCGGACGUUACGCAGCGGGCUCCUCAGGCCUGCUGCCAACUAACAGUUGCCGACGUAGUCGAGGGUCUUUACUGCUUCCUGCAGGUUAAAAAGAAGCACCUUUGUCCUCGUUGUUUCCUGCCCCAGCUGGAGCGCUCGUGCCUGUUUUUGGAGGAAGUGUCAUUGUGGACCCCGGGAUCCCGCGAGGCCCUCGUUUCUCGAGUUUUUCUCGUCCGGCUAUUUGUGCCGCUCACUAACCGGCUGAUGUCAGAAGUGCUUCCUCAUCCUCUGGGCUCAGGUCAAGUUUAGCAGCAGAGAUUCUCGCCGCUUCUUCCUGUUGUUCCCAGUGGUGAUGGCGGCGCGGUUUCCUCCUCCUCCUCCUCGUACAAUUGUGCCUUUCUAGAUGACAGAUGCUGUUUAACCCUUUAACCCGCGGUUCAGCUGAGUGACACGGGACUGGAGCCGUGGAGACGGAUAGAAACCGUCGUCUGUCCCAGCUCAAGAGCAUGAAUUAACAGAGAGGGACGGUGGCUUCUGGGAUCACGUCCUGUUGGGGAAAGUAUUGAGACAAAUUGAGUGGUAAAUCGUGCGAGGAUGCCACUUCUUGAAAGGCCGUCCACUCUGGUGACAUCAGCUGCAGCUCUGAGCUGAAUCCAUCAGCGCCUGCCACUGGUUUGACGCGCAACUUGUCCGUCGCUGUUUGUCAGAACCAGACGGAGCGGGGAGUGAUUGAGACGCAACACGCGCCAUGUCAUCGCCUGUUUGAAGAUAUUCAGAUCACAGUUGUCUCUGAGUCUGGGAGGAAAUGAAUGGAUGAAAUGAUUUCAUUCUAAAUACACAUCCGAUUAGAUUUUCUUUUAUCAUAUAUUUUAAGUGGUGGGACUUUAACAAGUUAAUUACGAUUCAUUAAUUACAACAAAAAUGUAAUUUAAUUGAACAGUUUGCUCUCCAGACAACAGGGAACCUUUGUCAGUGCAGGACUUCCUGGUCCACUGAUCACACUGAUGCACAAGACACGUGGCAGCUAGGAUGAGAACAACAACAACAAACAUGGAGGAAUCCCUGAACAAAAGCAAACAAAAGCAUCUGUUUGCUUUUGUUCAGGGAUGUUUUUCUCUACACAAUGACCGGAGUUUCCACUACUCUGAAUGGACUUGAAAUUCUUAUACAAAUAUUUUCAAGACGUUAAAAGAGCUUCAGUUUAAAUAAGGUGAUAUAAAAACUGGAAUAUAGCCACCAUCAUGAUUUAUUGUGCUAUUCUCAAACUGAUGCAAACAAUAUUUUGUUGUUCAAAUGUUUGUAUGGGUCCAUCAUUUGAUUCAGUAAUAUACCAAAUUCAUUCAAAUUGAAAAAUGUGGCUCCUUGUGGCAGUCCAAUCCCACCCCUAAUUUUAUUAUAUAUUUCCCAUCCUUGACAGAAAUAUUUUUUCUACUUUCUACAAAAUUUUAAAUCAUUUCCAUGAAUGUCCCGCAGUGUGUUGGAGUGUUUAAACUGUGGGUUGUUUUUCUGCGCAACACAACCAACUGUAAAAGUCCACACCAGAAUAUUUACCAGAACAAAUGAAUCUUCACUGUUCUCAGUCAUUUUAAACGACUGUUUUCUUCAGACAAAACUUCAGCAACACAGAAACGUGAUUUUUCCUGAUGGUGCCGACUUCACAUGAAGUUGAUGAGCUUCCUGCUGCAUGCUGAAGUCAGCGGUUUUUAAUUUGCCUCAGGUGAAACGAUGUGCGUCCUCCUCUUAUUUUCCACUGGGUGGGAAAUGGUGAGACAGUUCAGAGACAUGGAGGAAGUCACUGACAAACGCUAGCAAUUUGGCCCAAGUUUACUCUGAAACACCAGUGUGAGGAGAUCACGCCUCACGUGUGACCCGGUCCUCUCUGCUGUCAUUCAGGCCCGGCAACAUGGCUGCCAUGGUUACUGUGUCAAUUCCUUGUGUCUGUGUGAAAUAAUGAUGCCACUGCCAGUCGGCGAGUGCCACAUGGGCGGCUCCACAAAAAGAAAGGUUCCCUCUCUUCCCUCCCAAAGUCUGGCCUGGAAUUCCACGACAAGUUCUCUGCCCAACCUGUCUCCUUAAAAGUGACACUACCUUUUGCUCUUUUCUCCCUCCCUCGCUCCCUCCCCGCCUCCGAAGAGGUUCCAUAUAUAUUCCCACCAUCACAUGUGAUGCUGCACCUUCCCAAAUCCCUGUCCUGACCUGUCUCAGCCCUGACACUGAGCACUUGGUCUGCAAAACA